AUGUCCAGUCGCGAUGGGACACCAACGCCAACAACCAUCCGCCAGGUUGUGCGUGCCCCCAUGGCUCCAGUCUGGGGCCCUGAGGUGCUAGCUCUCAAGGCAAACAGGCACAGUUGCGAAUCCACUGAUGGCUCGUUUGUUGUGGGCACGGAGGACCUGUCCAGCUUUGAGGGUGAGGAGUCUGACGAGAAACUGCUCGCCUUGCUCGGUGACCUUGCCUUGGGUGCCGAGGAGGUCGAGGAGGACCCAGCUGCCCGCGUGCUUCUAGACGAGUGUGGCGCCUUGUGGGAGGAAGUGCAUAUGGAAGCCGAGGCCCAGCGCGAGAUGCAGUGCCGGCUUCGCCGGGAGCUGCAGCACCUGCAGGACAGGAGCCACUGGCAGCACGCGGAGUCUGGAGCUUUUCUGCAGCGACUCUCGGUCGCCAGGGAGGCCUUGGCUGAUAAGAUCCGCGAGGCUUCAGACGAGAAUGAGGCUCUGAGACAGAGGCUUCGGCGGCAUCAUACGGAGGAGGAGCGACUGCGCUGUGGACUUGCUGAAGAUCUGCGGUGCUUGGACGCCCGGGCCGCAGAGCUACGGGCGGCGAUCUUCGAAACAGGGCAAAGCCAAGCGGAGCUUGUGGAGCGCCUGCGAGCCGUCACCAAUACCCAGGCUCAUUUGCAGGCAGAGCUGCAGCAGGAGCGGGUGAAGACCUGGCGCCAGUCCACCGAUGUUGUCAUGGCCUUCGCUGGCGGCAAGGACGGCGGGAGGGAGCUGGAGCGCGAGGAGGCCGAGAGGCUGCUCUUGGAGUCUCAGCUCACAGAGGUGGCCUCGCGUGCUGCCGCCGCUGGCAUCCCGCGGUUAUGCGACGAGGAGCCCGAGGUGGCCGAGGCUGUCUUGGCAGCUGCUGACACCGUGCCCUUUUCAACAUUGCAGGGCCAGCUAGACAGCUUCGAGGAGUUGCGUGGUGCUUUGGAAGCUUUGGAGGGCAGCUGCGCUCUGUCCACGGCCCAACAGAAGGAGGAGGAGGAGAAGCUGGGUGCCGAGCAGCUCGAGCUUUCCCGGCUUGCCGAAGAGAUGGCGACUGCUGAGGCCGCAGCCCAAGGUCCAGAGCUGGAUCAGGCCUCGAGCCUUGUGUCAGUGCUCUGCGGCGAGCUGCAGAGUGAGCAGGCAGUGCUACGGCAAGAGCGGGAAGCGGCUGCACGCCGCCGGGAGCUCUUCCGCUCCCAGGUUGAGCAGAAGCGCCGGGAACUCGCACGGUUGCAGGACCUAAACGACAAGCUUGUGGAGGACUUGAAUUCGAAAGGCUGCUUUAAGCAACGCAAGCCAUAG